AAUCCCCACAGUCAGGAUACUGGAAAAUGAAGUACAAAGGAAUUGGUUAAUUAAAGGUCAUUCAAGAACUACAAAUGCGAAGCUUUAUGAGGAUUAUAUCUCCAUUUUUUCUCAUAAGCUGUGCUGCAAAACUCUUUGAGUAUUCUGUUUUCUUCUGCUAGUAUGUUCUUGCUUGCAGUUCAGCCAGUGUCCUAUUAUGUAAUCAGCAGAGGACCGCUGUUUCAACUAAUACAACAAUUCAUGAAAAACAUUACAAACCCCUUUGCACAUAAAAAUGGGCCUAAAGCCGCCCUGAAUGUAAUGCAACUGAAAUUGAAUAAAACAUAUUUUCACUUGCUUUCAAGGGUAUCACUAUGAGCACCCUGUUUAGUUUUUUUUUUGCAGUGACAUGUUUUCACACCACAUUGGUUUGUCAGCCUGGGCUCCAAGCUGGGCAGAGACCAUCCUGAACAAGGGAGGUCCAAAAAAAAAACAGUGAGCAGUCUCUUCUCUGGAUCAGACCAGCUAUAUAACAGGUAAGCUUGCGUCCGUGUGUUCUAGCACACUGCAGGCAUCAUGGAGUGCACAUGUAAAGAAAUCAACUCUCCCAAAUGCCCAGAGGAAAAUCCCAGGGUUGCAGCUAGAUACGUCAUUAGCCUUUGUUGCCUAGCGCUACCACACAUCACACCAACAUCACCUCCCCCUUCCCUCUCCUAACUGUACGUGCAACAGAAUCAAUAGACACCCAAACACUGCAACACACAGGACCGGGCACCGAGCAAGCCAGGAGCCGAGACAGACGAGAUCCCACAGCUAUGGCCUCGCAACUGGAGUUGACCUUCCGUCAAGAUGCCCAGCUGACGGAGGUCAUGCGCUUGAGGGUGAAGAGCCUGCAGCAACGCAACCAGAGGCCCCAGGACGGCGAGAAGCUCCUGCAGCCCCAGGAGGUCGUGUACCGGCUGGAUUUCUCCCAGCAGAACCUCCGCUUCCUGAGGUGGAACGUGAAGCUCUCGGCCCCAGGCAAGAUCACGAUAACGGGCACCUCGCAGCUCUGGACGCCCGACCUCACCAACCUCAUGACCAGGCAGCUGCUGGAGCCCGCGGGCAUCUUCUGGCAGAAGCCCGGCGAGGACAAGGUGCAGUGCUUCGAGGCGGACGCCCAGGAGUUCGGCGAGCGGAUCGCCGAACUGGCCAAGAUCCGGAAAGUGAUGUACUUCCUUCUCACGUUCGAAGAUGGCAUGAGCCCGGCGGACAUGAACUGCUCCAUAAGCUUCAGGGGGUCUCCCUGAGGGGACAAGAAGCCCCAGCACAAAAAUCUUUUUUUUCCUGGGGUCAGGCUGUUUUCGCGUUUUGUGCUUGUGGUUGCAGUCGGUAUCUGCUUUGCCUGGCACUCUCCAAAAAUGCAGCGCUUUCUGAUUAAUUUAACAAGUGGCCGCAGCUAAAGUUAAGUCGUACGUUUACUCAUAACAGUCUCAUAACAGCACCAGUGUGCUUUUGUAAUGUCAAUAUUAUAGAAUCACUUGUGCUAACGUAAAAAGUGAUAUUUUUAGCAUGCUUUAUAUUACAGAAAAUUAAAUAAUAUGUGGUUAAAGUAUUACAAAAGAGUUUUUAGGCAGCUUUACCUCUGAAUUUUGAUUAUCCUACCUUGUGUUAAAUUUCGAUAGGAUAUUAAUGGCUUGAAAGACUUGCUCCUAGUUUUUAUUUUGAAAUAUUUAUUUAAUAAAGUGUAUUUAGCCUUAAGCUUAAGAUAAGAUAGAACUGGUUUUGAUACCAUAACAAAAAGUACUAUUUUGUUACAUAAAAAUCUAAAAUCCACAGAGAAAACAAUUCUAUAAAUCAGCAUAAUUGAAUAUAUGCGCAGUAAAAGCAGCAACAUUUCCUGUGCAGAUUAGACUAAAAGCUAUACAAACACCAUAAAAACACAGAUCGCUAAAAUUCAACUAACCCAAAGUUAGUCAUGCAUGACUAAUUAUUACGCUAUAAUAAAUACCGUGCUAAAUUUCUUGAGUCAGGAACGCAAUCUAUAACAUAGUAAUAAUGGGGUUUCUCUGUUAAAGCUUUGUCAUAACCUUCACGCAACUUUACAUUACAGAUUAAAGCAGAUGGCAUGUUUUCACAGUGUCCCUGUGCUGGUACAGUACAAAGGAGGUUAGACUCCAUAAAAAAUGUUUUGCAGUAGCCAGUGAGCAUCGCUACAGUGGGAUCAAUUGAAUUAAUGUCAUACUCCCUUAGGUUAGAAUCAAGAUAUUGUGUUGCAGUGAAUUCUUAAAUUCUAGCUAGGUCUAUAAUUCUGCAGAGCUGAAGUCUAAAAAAAAAACAACAGAUGCAAAUUUAUGAUUCAUUAAUUAGAAAAUGCCCACAUGCUCAAACUAAUUAAAAUCUGUGACCUUGCUCUAAUUCCACUUCACAUGUUCUAGACCAAAAUGGCUUAGACCUGUCCUUUAAGAGGGACAAGUGUGGGUGGAAACAUCCAAUAUGUUUUUAAAGUUUGUGGCAUUUACUGUAAUUGUUGAGUGCUAUUACCAAGAAUGUAAAUGUAAACCCUACAUGUUUUUGGAAACAUAUUUAAGAUAUAGAUUUGUGCACCACUUUUCUUUUUAAAUCAGUAUUGUGAAUGUGAGGCAUAUUUUUACAGAGAUAUUACCUGUACAUUUUAUUAACAUUAAAAUUAACUGUACCCUGCUGCUCACAUUUUAAAAAAUCAGAGCUUUUUGAAGGAGUUUGAAAAAGGAGAUCCACCAACUAGGGUGCUCUCUCUGAAACAGGUAACUUUCUCCUAAAACUUAUUUUGGCUAAAGGGGCAUAAAUGUUAACAUAAUGUACACUGUUAACAUGAUGACAUCUUGCUAAGAGACAAAAAAAUUAUUCUGAUUCUAAUCUUCAGCUGCUUCUUGUAUUCCUCCUUUUCCUCAAGAGGAAUAAGAAUCUUUUUUUCUGAAAGGUCCUUGAUACAAAUGACAAUGCAAAUGUGUGACUUCAUGGUGCAAUAUGAGAAUGUAUUACAUUUUGGUUUAAUGCAGUAAAUAAACGUUUCUGCACACUGAAAAGAAUGUAAUAGAAGCAUUUUUCUAAACUUACACCUUGUGCGGCUAUAGGAACAAAGAAUUGUUUAAACCAGGCACAAGUGCUUUUAUUCCACUAAUCAAACGCAAAAACAGACAUCCUAGAGUAGCUCCUCUGACAGAAAAUAGUGUUACUUUGGGAUGUUUUAGAAGACGUAUUUUCCUAUGGAACAGCCAGUUCCUCUGUAACUCAACUGCAUGCAUUCCCACUUAGGAAAUCAGUUAAAUGACUACGUGUGGGCAAGAUUUAACAUAGUAUCUCCUCAAUCCAGCUUUCCAGCUGAUUAAAGCUUCCCCAUCCCUGCAAAAAAGGUUUUUAAGGGGAACGCUGGCCAAUCAGAACAGUAAAAGGUGAAUCACACUGCAGGAUUCAUUUAUGGCACUUCCUAUCCAAACCAAUCAAGCCAACCAUGUCUUUCAUACUUGAGUGCAAAUGAUGAGGAAAAAUGGGACCAAAUCUGUGGCACAAAAAAAAAACAGGUUAAUUUUUGGGUAUCAAAGUCUGCAACUGUCAGUCCGUCCUGAACAAACACACUACAGCCACAGACUAAAAUUACCCAAUAACAGUGAUACAGUAUGCACUCCUGGUCCUGAAGAGUCAAAAGUAUCUUCUGAUUUUCAUUCCACCCUGGACUCUUAAUGAAUUUAGUCAAAUCAGUGUUCACUAAAUUGUUCUCUACAACCACUGUUUCCAGCUCUUUACUCACUGGCGAUGAAAGGUUACCUACAGUAUAAAUACUAGUUUACUGUGGCUCUCCAGGAGUGAAUAUCAGCUAUGUGGUGUGUUGCUAGAGCAGCAUUGUAAAGUGGGCAAGCCCCUGGGCUCAUGACUUGUGGGUUCAUGUCCCUACUGCAGACACUGCUGUUGCAGCUUCAGUGAGCUAUUUGACCCUAGUUGCUCCAACCCACCCAGCUGUAAGAAAUGGAACCAGUAUUGCUGGGUCUAGGCUCUGUGAUGGACUGACCUCCCCAUCCAGGAGGGGGAGUCGUGGUCUCUGACUGCCUCAGGCCUACAAACCAGAAGACCUCUUGGCCUGCUGAGCCAGUUUCUGUGUUGAAUAGAAUUACCUAUGUGACAUGUUAAAUAGCUGAGAAUUUUACUAGUUAUUUGUGAGAAUGAAGAUCCACCAGUAAAAGCAGUAUAAUCUGUUUCAAAAUACCAAAUGCUUACCUAAACUACAUAUUUUUAUCCAUGCGUUUCUUGUGUCAUUUAUCAUAUACUCCUGCACUACCCACUGGAAUAAGUGGCUUCACCAUCUUGCAUUUGCUAUGCAGCAUCCUACAGAUGGUAACAUGCAAUACUGAUGUUACAGUGUGAAUCUAAACUGGAAAAUAAAGCUAUAGUGUUAUUCUCUCUGAACACAAACGUACGUCAAGAGAUAAUCUGUAAAGUGGUAGAGUUUUCAUAAUGUGUGAAAAACAUAAAACUGUGAUCAGGAUAAUUAUUAGUGCCUUUUAAAAGUGAAGUGUUUACUUCCCUCUAUUAACUCACAAUAUUAAAGAAAAAUGAAACACAAAAGUAGGUACAUAUUUAUUAUGGCCUUAAUGAUUAAUACAAGGUCUGAAUACGAUAAUCAGCUCAUGGGUUCUUGAUGUUACUGUGUGUAUAAUACAGUCUGUAAUUUUGGCCAUGGUUACCCUGAGUUUAUGAAGUGAAACCCUCACACUAAUCCCUCAAGACAGAGCUAAUUGGACCUACAUUAUUUUUUUUGCACGACUAAGUGUAAAGGAUGCACAGAAUACAUUUCUAAAACCAGUGCUGACCCGAGAGACGUCACUGUUCCAAUGACUGAUUUUAUCAGUUAAACCCAAGCUGAUGGUAAGGGAUACUGUCUUGAGUUGGGACGCUUCACACCAAGGGCAUAAGAAGAACUUAAAACACGCCAAUUCAUAGAAGGGCAUUCUUCUUAGAACUGGCUUGUUUUAAGUUCUGUGAUCCACAUCACGUCGUACAGAAAUCAACAGCAGCUGAGGGCCCAGAACGAAGAAAAAAAAAAGACCUUGUAGUGUCUGACAGGACAGCAGCAGUAUCUUACGCAACUGUGUGGUUAGAAAAUUUCCAGUGUAGGUGAAAACAAUAGGGAGCUGGGGAAAGGAUGUUCUAGUGAAACAUCGACAAAAACGCAAGCAGAAAUAGGCAGUAAUGAGGCCCGGGGAGGAAAGGAGGUGUCUGUGAACAUCGGCACUCUACGGAGUUGUAUGUGAAAAAGGGAAUUGUUAAUCAGAUCAUUCUGAACUAGAUACAACUUCCAGUGCUAAACAGCUACACUGCCAGCGGUUCACAUUAUCACUAGUGAAUGGUGAGGCAGGAAAGGGUUUCAAUCACACCUUCUAUGAAUGCUUGAUUGUGACACAUUAAUUAAGAUUGAGGGCUUAAAAUGAUUAAUGGGUUAACCAUGAGGAAAAAAAAGGUAUGUAAAUCCAUGACUACAAUCUAAAAUGGAAGCAUUUUUAAAGGCAUUCAUGAGCGUAAAAAAAUAUUUACCUGUUAUCUUUGUGGUUCAGUCGACAUAGCUCUCAUGCUCGAGCAUAAGCACAUCAGGAUUGCGAAAUACACGGGACAUUUUAAUAAGCAAAUUUCGUGCAUGAGUCACAGUUUAGCAGAACCUUGGAUAAUUUAAUUUGAGCACGACAUCAACUUUACUCCCCUUAGGCACAAUAAGACAGGGGCAUCCUUUUCAAGAGGUGGUGUGUUUCCAACCAAUUAUUUCAGGAAGUGGAAAAAUAUUUCCUUUUCCCCCCCCCCAAUGUUUUUGCGUGAGCGUGGGCAAUGAACACAUAACACAAAUAGCCACAGCCACAGGUCUCUGGACAUUACAGGUCACUGGGAAGCAGUCUGGCUCUCAUCUGAGGGAUUAUUGUAUUAUAUACUGUCCUGUUAUUUUAAUCCAUUUUCGUUAUAAAACUGUCCUCUUACUGGAAGCACAGAAAAUCACUACCCCAAAACAAAAGCCCCUCCCUUUAUAUUUAAAGAUAAUUCAGAUACCUUCAGCUGAAAGAAUUCAAUGAAAACUCUGAACCAACUUCACCAAGGUUUAAAAUCCAAUAAGAUACUGAAUUCAAGAUCCCAUAUGUUUUAAAGGUCAGUUUCAAUUAGCCUUUGGGCAGGUCCUUUACAAGAUCAUGAAUAGCUGGCCUCCUGCCUGUAGUCACACCCACACCAUGCCAAAUCUCUGCCAGUCCAAAACAAAACUGUUAGGGAUUACUGUUACGGAGCAUUUUACGAUUUGACAGUGGUAUCUACUGUACAGACCACGUGGCAUAGAAAGCACAUUCCAUUGUCAGACUAAUAAGAAAAAAAAUACAAAAAGUCACCUAUGUUGAUUCUAGAUCAUUAAAAAUAUAAGUUGUCUUGAUUUUUUUUUUAUCAGUAACGUUCCCCCCCCAUCACUGAUCUUGGUCAAUGAAUAUUAUUCAAAAAUGUGCUUUUAGUUGUCCACCCUUACAAAGCUGCUGCCAAAGCACAUUAUUAUGCUUCCAAUCUAUUCAGUGCUCUUAGAUUCACUCUAAAUAAAAAGACAACUAACAUCUGCAUUUACAAACUCAAAAGAAACGUGCACAAAAUACUGAUCACCUAACAAUCUAUCAUAUGGAAUUCUGUACUGAUAAAAGAAGAUAUGGUAAGUACAAUCAGGAAUUCAUCUAGAAAAUUUCAAUAAAAUGAACCAUAACAGGAUGUUGUCUGAAAUUUUCCAAAGCGUGCCUUUGGAGGUAAUAGUGUUUUUCAAGAAAGAGCUCACUGUUUUAACUAUAAUAGAUCAAAGAAACAACAGCACUGUCAUAGAGCAAUAAAGAAACAUUUGUCUGCUUGAUAGUUUGUCCACUAUUACUGGAUAAUGGUCAUUUGGGCUGAGAGUCACAAAGACAAGCCCUGUUGUGUGGGUUCAAAGACACAAGACGAGUUCAAGACACCGUUAACUUCUUCUUCAUCUGUGUACAAUCUAUUUUAUUUUCUCCCGUCUUCAUUCAUGAAGUCAUAACCACAUUUAUUGGUCUUCUGCAUCUAAGAAUGUGGGCAUAUUGAAUAUAACUCACAAUGAAUUCUGGAUCUUUUUUUACCUCUUCAUCAGUAUCUAAUCCAGCCUACGGAAAACUGGAUGGCUGGAAUUAGGCAGAUAAAAAAGGCGAUUAAUGGGGACUGUGGCCUUAAUCAUUUUUUCAGCAGAUAGGAGGGAACUGUGUUUACUGUACAUAAAGAAUGGUUUCCCCAGACCAGCCAAGAAAACUGUCAAGUUUAAUAAUUAUACUGUUCCCUUCAGGAGUUGGAAAACGUAGCAUCUUUAAUCUGAAGGUCAA